UUCUUAGAUUUUAUUACUAUAUCAUAUGCUUUGGUCAUUUUUUACAAAAUUUGUUCUUUUUCUAGUAGCAGAUUCUUCUUCAACUAUAUGUAUUAAAACACUCUCAAAAAAUAAUACCCUUGAAUUAUUGUGUAAUCUAAACCUUAACAAAUGAUUCCCAAUUCUUCCUCAGUUUGAUUUGUAUAGCUUUCAAAGUGUCAAAAUCUGCAACAACCGACCACAUGUUUGAUUAAUUAUUGCUUGAUGCUCCAAAUUUUAGGAUUUCCAAAGGACAGAUAAGUUGGUGAUAAGCUUUAGAUUUCCUUGUAAAAAAUUGCAACUUUUUUGAAAAAAUAAAUAUGAAUUAUGGGUUUUACUCAAAUUUGAUAAAAAAAAUUCUGGGUUUUACUUAAUUUUUCCUGAUUUUGUGCUCCUGCACCCAUUUCUUGAUCUGGGUUGUGGUUGGUUACUAAGAGGAUAAGCCCAAAUUCUGUCUGUUUGGUAAAGGAAAUUUGGAAUCUUUUGUUUUUGGGAUUCCUUGAUUCUCCUCUUUCUUUCUGUGGGUUGGUUAAAUUUUUUUUGGGGUAUAAUUUUUCUUGCUUAAUUUUGCUACUUGUUGCAUUUAUUUCACUUUCUCUCACUUUUUUUUUAUAAAAAAAAGUAUAAUUUUGGUAGCUAAUACUUUGAUGGAGGAUAAGUUGGCAUCUUCUUGUGUUUUCUGGUCUUUAAUCUGUUUCUUAGUGGUGGGAUAUAGGAAAAGUGGGGUGUGAGAGCUCAUCUUAGCUUAAAUUUGUUAUACCCUUUUUCUUCAUAUUCUUAUCCCUCUUUAUUUUAUGCACUUAUUAUUCUCUUCAAAAUUUGAUUAUUUUUUUGAGUUGGGUGUCCUUGUUUCUCUCUAUUCCACCUGAAUUUUGCCUCUUGAGAUACUACUGUGGAUGAGUUUGCUUCAUAUUGUUGGUUUUGGGUUUAAGGUGGGCCAUGUUCUUCUAAUGAUAUGUUGUUGGUUUAUCUCUGUGAUCCCCAUGAAUUGGCUUAUUAAUGGUGGGUUAAUGGAUGCUAAGCCUAGUUUGGUUGGUGAUGAUGGGAAAGUUUUGAGUGAUUGGUGGGAGAAAAUUAUUGGUAGUAGCUGCAAGAUCCAUCAUCACUAUUACCAUUAUAUUGGGUCAAAAAAGUUGAGAAAAACAUGGUGGAAAAAGUUAUUAGUUGCUUGGGUUGUUUUGUGGAUCAUAGUUUGUUUAUCAAUCUUCUGGUAUAUGAGUUCACAAGCUUUUGAAAAGAGGAAAGAAGCUCUAGCAAGUAUGUGUGAUGAGAGAGCUAGGAUGUUGCAGGAUCAGUUUAAUGUCAGUAUGAAUCAUAUUCAAGCUAUGUCCAUCUUAAUUUCUACUUUUCACCAUGGCAAAUUUCCAUCUGCUAUUGAUCAGAGAACUUUUGCAAUAUACACUGAGAGAACUGCUUUCGAGCGCCCCCUAACAAGCGGGGUUGCAUAUGCUGUGAAAGUGCUCCACUCUGAAAGAGAACAAUUCGAGAAGCAACACGGCUGGACGAUUAAGAGGAUGGAUACUGUUGAACAAAAACCUGUUCAUAAGGAUGAUUAUGCUGUGGAAAAGCUGGAGUCUUCUCCAAUUCAAGAAGAGUAUGCCCCUGUCAUCUUUGCGCAAGAUAUCAUAAAACAUGUGGUUUCUGUGGAUGUGCUUUCUGGAAAGGAGGAUCGUGAAAAUGUAUUGCGUGCAAGAGCAUCUGGAAAGGGAGUUCUCACCGCCCCUUUCCCAUUGCUCAAAACAGGCCGCCUUGGAGUUAUUUUAACUUUUGCAGUGUAUAAAAGAGAUCUUCCUUCCAAUGCUACCCCAGAUGAACGAAUUCAGGCUGCUGAUGGGUAUCUAGGAGGGGUUUUUGACAUAGAAUCGUUGGUGGAGAAGUUACUUCACCAGCUUGCCAGCAAACAGACUAUACUUGUAAAUGUGUAUGACACAACUAACCGCUCGCACCCGAUCAGCAUGUAUGGUUCGAAUGUAUCUGGUGAUGAUCUCGAGCACGUGAGCCCACUGAGCUUUGGAGAUCCUUUUAGAAGGCAUGAGAUGCGUUGUAGAUUUAAACAGAAACCUCCUUGGCCGUGGUUAGCCAUUACGACUGCUGUUGGGAUACUAGUGAUUGCAUUACUUGUUGGUCAGAUAUUCCAUGCAACCGUAAAUAGGAUUGCCAAAGUGGAGGAUGACUACCACGAGAUGAUGGAGCUUAAGAAACGAGCUGAGGCAGCAGACGUGGCAAAGUCCCAGUUCCUUGCUACUGUGUCUCAUGAGAUCAGAACCCCCAUGAAUGGUGUUCUAGGAAUGCUUCACAUGCUUAUGGACACCGACUUGGAUGUAACUCAACAAGAUUAUGUACGGACAGCUCAGGCCAGUGGAAAGGCUCUAGUUUCUCUUAUCAAUGAGGUUCUUGACCAGGCAAAGAUUGAAGCGGGUAAACUUGAGCUAGAAGCUGUUACUUUCGAUCUCCGGGCAAUUCUAGAUGAUGUGCUAUCCCUCUUUUCAGGGAAGUCUCAAGGGAAAGGAGUAGAGCUUGCAGUCUACAUUUCUGAGCAAGUGCCAGAGUUGGUUAUUGGUGAUCCCGGAAGGUUUCGCCAAAUUAUUACAAAUCUUAUGGGAAAUUCGAUUAAAUUCACAGAAAGAGGACACAUAUUUGUGACGGUCCAUCUUGUGGAGGAGGUGAGAGAUUCAAUUGAGGUGGAAACUGAGCUAUCACCAAGGAACACCUUAAGUGGUUUGCCUGUCGCAGACAGACGCAGAAGCUGGGCUGGAUUGAAAGCUUUCUCUACAGAUAUACCACCUACUAAUUCUUUGGCAUUGUCCUCCUCCAAUAAUCUGGUCAACCUAAUUAUCUCAGUCGAGGAUACAGGUUGUGGCAUCCCCGUUGAAGCGCAGCCUCGCAUCUUCACUCCCUUCAUGCAAGUGGGUCCUAGAAAUGGAGGCACGGGCAUAGGACUGAGCAUAAGCAAGUGCUUGGUUGGCUUAAUGAAUGGGGAGAUUGGAUUUGCUAGUUUGCCCAAACUUGGCUCUACCUUUACAUUCACUGCCACUUUUAGCAAUGGUUGCUCAAGUUCUAAUGAAAUAAAGAACAAACUAUUGAAAAAUCAAAUUAAUUUAGCAUCGGCUGAGAUUCAAGGCAUGACAGCAUUGAUUAUAGACCCAAGACAAGUUCGAGUGAAGGUGGCUAGAUAUCAUUUCCGUCGACUUGGUAUCAAUGUCGAAGUAGCUUCAGAUUUGAACCAAGGUUUUGCUAUUAUCAGUACCGGAAAGCCGUGCAUUGAUAUGGUGCUUAUUGAACAGGAAGUGUGGAACAAGGACUUCAAAGAGGACUCCUUAUUGAUCAAUAGAUUGAAAAGUGUCAAGAAUGGGAGAAAGCCGCCUAAAUUUUUUCUUUUAACUAAUAGUAUAAGUUGUGCUAGAAUGAAUUAUGCUGCUAGUGGUGUUGAUAAUCCUUGUAUCAUCAUGAAGCCCCUGAGGGCAAGCAUGGUGGCUGCAUCAUUGCAACGAGUCAUGGGUGUUGGAAACAAAGGAAACACCCCCAACGGACAGCUGCCAAUAUUACCACUCAUCCAUCUUCUUCGUGGGAGAAAAGUUCUUGUUGUAGAUGACAAUAGUAUCAACCUCAAAGUGGCUGCUGGCGCUUUAAAGAAGUAUGGAGCUGAGGUCGAUUGUGUAGAUAAUGGCAAAAUAGCUAUCGAGAAGCUUUCACCACCACAUGAUUUUGAUGCCUGCUUCAUGGACAUCCAGAUGCCAGAGAUGGAUGGAUUUGAGGCUACUAAAAGAAUCCGUGGAAGAGAGCAUUAUGUCAAUGAGCGUAUCCAACAUGGUGAAGCAACAACUGAAGCCUUUGCAAACAUUUCUCACUGGCAUGUGCCUAUUUUGGCCAUGACUGCAGAUGUUAUCCAAGCUACUCAAGAGGAAUGCCUAAAGUGUGGAAUGGAUGGGUAUGUCUCAAAACCAUUUGAAGCGGAACAGCUUUAUCGUGAAGUGUCACGCUUUUUCAGCGAAAACACAUCACAAUGAGUAGGCCUCUUAACUUCUCAGAGAGUUCCUCAGACGACACAAGCGCAAGCUUCUUGCCUGCUGGAUGCUUCAGGAUUCAUAAUUGGUCUUCUAUCUUGCAUAAAAAAAAUGAUUGGUUUUACAUUGAGGAUGACACACACCAUACUUGAUCGGUAACACAUAUGAUUACUUUUGCCGGUACUAACAUAUUUAUAAGAUUCUUUCCAACGUGAGCUAGCGUGUAGAAUGAAUGAAAUCCCGAGGUUAGUGAAGGGCCUUCUCGAACCUUUUUUUUUGAGUUCAUAGCUCUUCAAUGGCUUUGGAAGGAUUAGCAUGACACGGCUCUGGUGCCCUGAUCCUCAUUUGGAUUGUAUCUGAGUUUUUACUUUUUAGCUCCUCUCGAAGGGCGUUUGGAAGGAUUUUCAUUUCUCGGGUUGGUGCCGUGAUCCACAAAUGGAUAAUAUAUGUUUGUAUCAUAUAGGUUAGAGUUUGCAUAUUGACAGAGCGUGUAAAGGAUGCGCCAUGUAUAGAUUACUCGAAUAAAAAAGACUUAGAUUAUCCUGUAAUAUAGUGUCACAUUUCCUUUACUCACUGAAUUUGUGAUAGGGAGGAGAAAUAGUCAUAUAUAAACAGCAUUCGAAUGUAACUAUUGAAUCUGUAUGCUCUAGUACAGUUUGUGAGUUGUAUAUAUUCGAAUUUUAGUUUAGAAAUGUGAGUAAAUUCUGGUGA